CGCACUCGCUCGUAUAAAAAGAGAAGAACAAAAAAAAUUACAAUGUAUAAGAGUACGAUCAAUCGUACGAUAGAACUCAUUUUCACCUUGUUCGGAAUUUGGCCAGGUAUUUCAUGCGUCCUACUUUGCAGAAUAUUUUGGAUUAUUUCGAUAAUAAUUGUGCAAUUCUAUCAUUACCGAUACUUUCUAACGCAUUUCUACACCGACGAUCUUUUCGAAUUGAUGGACUGUUUAAGUAGCUUUCUAGCGUACACGAAAGUGAUGAUCAAGUUUACUAUAUUUUGGUUGAAUCAGCGGGAAUUUAUCAAGACUAUGACGUUGAUUGCGAAAGACUGGUAUGAUUGCACCAACAGUAAAAUCGACAUGCGGGAGAUAGUAGACAAAGCGAAAUUGUCGGAUCGCAUCACCAACGCGAUCCUCCUCUUGCACACCUUAAGCGUAGUUGCGUACGGAACACGCAUCAUCUUGACUAACGUCGAUAUCACCGAUCAUACGUCCGAGCCACCCUACAUUCACAAGAUGCAACUUCCCUUCGACGUGAACACGCAAAAGGUGUACAAAACGGUGGUGAUCGCACAAUUCGUCUACGUCGUCAUGUGCAGCUGGCUUUCCGGUGCUGUAAACUCUUUGCUCUUAACUUUGACCUUACACAUAGGAGGCCAAAUAAAUAUACUGCAUGGCUGGUUGGCGGAUUUUGCAUCAGAUGAGAACGGAAAGAAACGAGCUUUAUUCAUGACGAAUAAAAUCAUCAAAAAGCAUCAGAGGAUCAUCAACUUCUCGGAGAAAGUUGAGAAUCUAUACACGUACAUCACGCUGCUACAAUUCGCGUCGAACACGAUAAUGAUUUGCUCUCUGGCAUUUCUCAUCGUAAGCGCAAUUGGAACACCGGACGCGACGGAGCAUAUAAUAAGAUCCCUCUUAUUUUACGUUAUAACGAACCUCGAAUCCUUCAUCUUCUGUUAUGCUGGAGAAUAUUUGAACAACAAGAGCAAAGCAAUCGGAAUAGCAGCGUAUAAUACCAAAUGGUACAACUUAAAACCUGAAGAAACUCGAAUCUUGUUAUUUAUAAUAUUAAGAUCGCAAAAGCAACUGAUGCUAACUGUUGGAAAAUUGACGAAUCUCUCCUUAGAAUAUUUCGCAAGUGUAAGAAUUAUUCGUUUAUACGAAAUUAUGAUGCGUAAAAGUACAAUUAAUCGUAUGACAAAAUUUACGCUCAUUUUGUUCGGUAUCUGGCCAGAUGUAUCGUGUAUUACGUUUUGCAGAAUAUUUUGGUUCAUUACAAUAACAAUCGUUUUACUCUGCCAUUAUUUAAAUUUCUUCACACAUUACCGUUAUGAAAACGUAUUCAAUUUGAUGGACUGCUUUAGUAGCUUUAUCAAUACUUUCAAAGUAAUCAUUAAACUUAUUCUAUUUUGGAUAAAUCAACAAAAACUUAUGGAAAUUAUGGCAUUAAUCGCGGACGACUGGAAGGAUUGCGCUAAUAGUGAUAUCGGUGUGCAUGUGACGAUGGAAAAAGCAAAAAUAUCGGAUCGUAUCAGUAAAAUAAUAAUUCUUCUUAACUCGUUAAGUGUUAUUUAUAUGUUCCAUAAUCAUCUCGCCAAUGCCGAUGUUACCAAAACAGCUGAAUUGCUUUACAACAACAUGAAACUUUCUUUCAACAUUAACACACAAAACAUGUACAGAUUUGUAUUAAUCGCCGAAUUCUUGCACAUGUUCAUGUCUAACUGGACAUCUGGUCUUGUGAACGCCAUGAUUUUGAUAUUAACAAUUGACUUUCCUGAUGCCGUCAACCUAAUUAUAAAAUGUCUUUUAUUUUUCACAACUACAAAUCUGGAAGCGUUUAUAUAUUGCUACGCUGGAGAAUAUUUAAGCAACAAGAGUAAAGCAAUCGGAUUUGCAACGUAUAAUUGUCCGUGGUACACCUUGAGACCUAAAGAUAAUCGUGUUUUAUUAUUUAUAAUAUUGAGAUCGCAGAAACAAUUAACACUUAAAGCUGGCACCAUAAUAGAGCUCUCCUUCGUAUCUUUUACAAGCAUUAUGAAUGUUUCAGGAUCUUAUUUGUCAAUGAUGUUGGCGAUGCAACGAACAUCGUAUUCACCUCAGCUUUUCAUCAAUAGUCAUACGCAUGUAUAG